UGAGAAAAAAUUUAAAUUAAUUAAAAAUAAAUAAAUAGAAACAGAACAAAGUGAUUUUUUUUAAAUGUGUAUGUGGUGUGUUGUGUAAUAUAAUUAUGGUGGUUAAGGUGGAUUUUUCAGUUUAUCUUAGAGAUGUCACAUAGGGAUUUUACGGAGGUAGAGCCCCAGGGUACCGACGAGUUGCCCGCAGCCAGUAGGCAAUUAUUUUUAGAAAAAGUGAGACAAUCAAACGCGGCCUGUCAAAAUGGAGAUUUCGCAACAGCCGUGGCGCUUUACACGGACGCCUUACAACUCGACCCAACGAACCACAUCUUAUACUCAAACAGAUCGGCGGCCAAGUUAAAACAAGGACUUUUCUCGCAAGCCCUUCAAGACGCAUGCAGCGCGCGCGAUCUUUGCCCAACAUGGCCGAAAGCUUAUUAUAGACAAGGAGUAGCUUUACAAUGUAUGGGUCGCCACGGUGAUGCUUUAGCAGCUUUUAGUUCCGGUUUGGCGCAAGAUCCGACUUCGCAACAACUUUUAUCGGCGUUAAUAGAAGCCUCGGUAAAAUCGCCUUUAAGACAUAAUCUAGAACCGACAUUUCAACAAUUGGAAUUGAUGAAACUCGAUCAAAGUCCGUUUGUUUUAAUAUCGGUUGUAGGUCAAGAACUUUUAGCGGCCGGCUUAUACAACUCGGCAGUCACCGUUUUGGAAUCAGCAUUACGAAUCGGAUCUUGCUCGCAAAAGCUCCGCGGAAGCGUCUUUUCGGCGUUAAGCUCUGCGCAUUGGGCUCUAAAUCAACUCGAUAAAGCCAUUGGUUAUAUGCAACAAGAUUUGGCGAUCGCAAAAAGCUUAGGGGAUACAGCUGGGGAGUGUCGGGCGCAUGGAAAUUUAGGGUCGGCUUAUUUUAGUCAAGGGUCGUACAAAGAAGCUUUAACGGCUCACCGAUACCAAUUAGUCCUUGCGAUGAAAUGUAAAGAUACUCAAGCUGCCGCUUCAGCUUUGACGUCUUUGGGGCACGUUUAUACCGCGAUCGGGGAUUACCCCAACGCUUUGGCUUCGCAUAAACAAUGCGUGCAAUUAGUUAAACAAAUGGGGGAUAAAUUACAAGAAGCUCGCGAAAUCGGAAACGUCGGAGCCGUUUAUUUAGCGAUCGGGGAUUUCGAUUCGGCCGUUGAUUGUCACACGCAACAUCUAAGGAUCGCUAGGAGGUUGGGAAAUCAAGUCGAGGAGGCUAGGGCUUAUAGCAAUUUAGGAUCGAGUCAUCAUUAUCGAAGAAAUUUCGCCCAGGCUAUUGUGUAUCACGAAAAAGUUUUGCGAUUAGCUCAAAAUAUUGGGGAUAAAUCUGUGGAAGCUCGAGCUUACGCGGGAUUAGGCCACGCCGCGCGAUGCGCUGGGGAUUAUUCCCAAGCGAAACAUUGGCACGAACGCCAACUUGACAUGGCUUUAGCAACACGGGAUAAAGUCGGGGAAGGGCGAGCUUGUUCCAACUUAGGGAUCGUUUAUCAAUUACUCGGGGAAUACGACGCUGCUUUAAAGCUUCACCAAGCGCAUUUAGCGAUUGCGAGAAACCUCCAAGAUCGCGCCGGGAUGGGGCGAGCUUACGGAAACAUCGGAAACGCUUACUCAGCGGCGGGGUAUUAUGAAUCAGCCAUAAAAUACCACAAACAAGAAUUAACGAUAAGCAAAGAAGUUCACGAUAGAAGCUCCGAGGCGAGUACUCAUGGUAACUUAGCAGUAGCUUACCAAGCGAUCGGAGCCCAUGAUAUGGCCUUAUUACAUUAUCGAGCUCAUUUAGGAAUUGCCCGCGAAUUAAAAGACACAGCCGGGGAAGCUUGCGCUUUAUUAAAUUUAGGAAAUUGUUUAAGUUCACGCAACGAAUUCGGAGAAGCCAUCCCAUACUACGAACAAUACUUAAUGUUAUCCCAAGAAUUGGCCGACAUCGAAGGAGAAGCAAAAGCUUGCCACUUCUUAGGAUACGCUCAUUAUUGCAUCGGAAAUUACCGCGAAGCCGUGAGAUAUUACGACCAAGAUUUAGCCCUAGCUAAAGAUUUACAAGACAAAAUGAACAUGGGGAGAGCUUAUUGCAACCUCGGAUUGGCCCAUUUAGCUUUAACGCAAUUAGACACAGCUUUAGAGUGCCAAAAAUAUUUUUUGGCAAUCGCUCACAUGACGAAUAAUUUAAACGGGAAAUUUCGCGCUUUGGGAAACAUCGGCGACGUUCUAAUCAAAAUGCAAGAAAUUGACGAAGCCGUUAAGAUGUAUCACCGCCAAUUAGCUUUGGCGAGAAGUAAUCGAGAUCGCACGAUGGAAGCCGCAGCUUGCGGGGCUUUAGGAAUCGCGCAUCGGCUUCUAAAAAAACUCGAUAAAGCUUUAGGGUAUCACACCCAAGAGUUAACGUUGAGACAAGAAAUGUCGGAGCUUCAAGGGGAAUGUAAAGCUCACGGGCAUUUAGGCGCCGUCCAUAUGGCGUUGGGAAACUACACCCACGCCGUUAAAUGCUACCAAGAACAAUUAGAACGCGCCCAAGAACUCCAAGAUUGCGCCGUUGAAGCUCAAGCUUACGGAAAUUUAGGAAUCGCUCGUCUAAAUAUGGCGCAUUACGAAGAUGCAAUCGGGUAUUUCGAGCAACAAUUAGCAACUUUGGAGCGAUUAAGCACGUCCACGGCUCAAUUGGAUAAAGGGAGGGCUUUUGGGAGUUUGGGGGAUUGUUACGAUGCGUUGGGGGACCCCGAGGAAGCUGCGAAAUGCCACGAACAAUAUUUAUCGAUGUCGUUGAAGUUGAAGAGUUCGCGGGAUCAGGAGAGGGCGUAUCGCGGGUUGGGGCACUCGCAAAAAUCGUUGGGGAAUCUACAACAUGCGCUGGUUUGUUUGGAGAAGAGGUUGGUGGUUUCGCACGAAUUGGGGAGUAUGGAGUCGAAGGCGGCUGCUUAUGGGGAGUUGGGACAGUUACAUGCUAAUUUGGGGAAUUCCGAACAAGCCAUUUCGUGCUUGGAACAUCAGAAAAGUAUCGCUCAAGAAUUAAGUGACAAAAUCAUGGAAUCCGAAGCAAUAAGUGGAUUAGGCACCGUUUACCAACAAACCGGCGACUACUCCACAGCUUUACGUUGCCACCAAAACGACUUAGAAAUUGCCGAACACUUAGGAUUACCUAACCUACAAAGUCGCGCUUGCGGAAACAUCGGCGCGGUUUACGAAUCCCUCGGAAAUUACGAACAAGCCGUAAGAUACCAAGAACAACACCUUCAAGUAGCCGCAAGCACCAACGAUCAACUCGCAAAAACUUUAGCUUACAGCUCAUUAGGGCGAAUUCACCAACUCUUAGGAAAUAUAACUCAAGCCAUCGCGUAUUUAACUCAAGGUUUGUGCAUAGCGGAAGUUUUGGGGAAACGCGACGAAGAAGCAAAGAUAAGGAAUAGAUUAGGAUUGGCUUUGUGGGUUAACGGAGAUUUAGAAGGGACUCAAAAACAACUUGAGAUCGCAACGAAUUUGUUAGAAAAUAUCCGGAAAGAAGUUAAAAAUUCGGAUAAAAUCGGGUUAUUCGAUCUCCAAACUUCGAGUUAUCAAGUUUUACAACGCGUUUUAGUCGGGUUAAACCGCCACGAUGAUGCUUUGGUGGUCGCGGAACGAUGGCGAAAUCGAAACGAUUUUGAAAACAAAGAAAAAUAUUUUGAGAACAAAAAAAACGAUGAAAUUGGGGGUAAUUUAGAACAAAUUAAGGAGUUGGUUAAUCGACAAAGAGCUUCAGUUAUUUAUUAUAGUAUAGCGGCGGGGUUUUUGUACUCUUGGUUAAUAACCCCGAUGAAAGGGGUGGUUAAGUUCCACCAAACUUCGUUGAACGAUGAAGUUGAAGUCCCCAAUUUAAAUAAUAACAAUAAUUUCUUUAAAAAUUCGGGGAUUUUAGAAAAAUUAGUUUCUGCAGUUCGCGAUAACUUGGGUUGCGAAUUUUUUUCGACAAUAAACGAAGAUUCAUCAAAUUCAUUCCCUGAUGAUAACCCGCAAGAUAGAAACGGGGGAUUUUUGCGCAUGGUGAAUCGCCAGCAUUUAAUGAACUCGAGUAAUUAUAGUUUAUCGUCGCUAUUUUCGCUGGGAAGUGUUGGAGGGUCGAUCGCCUCGCUGCAAGGAUCAACAAGAUCGAGUACAAGCGCUCAAGGUUCUACACGGUUACCACCACAAAAAAGAAAAACGUGGAAAGGGCCAUCUUGCUUACACGCUUUAUACACACUCCUAAUCCAGCCUUUCGAGGAAUUUCUCCCAGCUAAAAAAGACACAAAAACAAAAAAGGAGUUAAUUUUAGUGCUCGAAAACGAUUUAUAUUUGGUCCCAUUUCCGGUUUUGAGAUCAUCCCAAGACAACGCCGAGUAUUUGUGCGAAAGAUUUUCGUUAUUAACCGUCCCAAAUUUAUCCUGUCUAAAAUCAAAGUGCCAGAAAAAAAAUAAAAUUAACACCGACGGCGUAAAAAGCUUAGUUAUCGGAAACCCAAAGUUAUCUCAAUCCAUCACCGAUCAUUGGUUUUGGAAAGAAAUUCCUCAAGCUGAGCAAGAAGCCAUGAUGAUCGCGGAAUUAUUACAAACCCAAGCGUUUACCGGAAAAGAAGCAACUAAGGAGCAAAUUUUGAGCCAAAUUAACGAAGCUGAAUGUGUCCAUUUCGCCACUCACGUUUCCUGGAAAUUAUCCGCUGUGGUUUUGAGCCCACCAAAUGAUGUUUUGGAGGAAGAGGAGCAACAAGAAGCGAUUUCAUUAAGCACAAGCAACGAAUUACCCCCAACUUCAGAGUUUUUAUUAACCCCGAAUGACUUCAAUUCGCUCCAACUCAACGCAAAAUUAGUCGUAAUUAAUUCAUCCCACACGAAAGACCAACAAAAUUGGGCCACAUCCGACGGGUUAAUAACCUUGGUUAAAAGCUUAUUAGGAGCAGGGGUCCAAGCUGUCUUAAUUUCAUUAUGGCCCGUUCCCGAUACAGCAACAAAAAUUUUAUUACGAGCUUUUUAUUCCGCUUUGUUGCAAGGAACGCGAGCUGCUCGAGCUUUGGCCGAAGCAAUGCAAACCGUGCAACACACAAAACACUUCGCGCAUCCCGCAAAUUGGGCUGGAUUCGUGCUAAUUGGGAUGAACGUGAGAAUUUCGAACAAAGUUGCUUUAAUGGGGCAAGCCCUGUGCGAGUUAUUGCGGGUUCCGGAGAAAUGCCGAGAUGCUUUGAGGGUUACGCUACAUUUGGUGGAGAAGAGCUUGCAAAGGAUCCAUCGGGGGCAGAAAAACGCGAUGUAUACUACUCAAAAAUCCAUUGAAAAUAAGGUUGGAUUAAUAAACGGUUGGAAAGAGCUAUUAAUGUCAGUUGGAUUUCGUUUUGAGCCAGCCUCAAACGGCAUCCCAAGCAGCGUUUUUUUCCCCCAAUCGGACCCAGAAGAGCGCCUCACUCAAUGCUCCGCAAGCCUACAAGCUCUCCUCGCAUUAUCAAGCACCUCAAUUCAAGCCCUCUCAAAGCUAACCUCCAGCCCGGAUGUUGCAGAUGAUAUCAUCGCGGUGAUCCAAUCCUCAUUGUCCCAAUUUUCCAACAAAAAUCUUGAAUCUGACAGCAACAUCAAUGUUGAAUUGAACGUUCGAUUAUGGCGCACACCCGGAUGUCACGAAUUGUUGGCCUCGUUGGGUUUUGAUUUAUCCGAUGUGGGCCAAGAUAAGGUUACUUUAAGAACUGGGAAGCAAGCCAAUAAGCGCAAUGUCCAUUUCACUUUGCAAGCUUUGUUGGCGCUGUUUGAUACUCAAGAAGCUCCGAAGAGUCUUCCGGUUGAUUCAUCGAGCGUUUCGGGAGAUGAUGACGACGAUUUUAAUAAAGAGGAAGCAACACAGGAAGUUGCCCCCAAAGCAAAUUCAGUUCAAAGAUUGACUUUCCCAAGACCUGUUUUGCCAUCGAAGAGGCUAGGGGGUGCUUUUACGAGCUAUGUGAGGCGGAGAGGGGAACCAGAUGGCAGAACUGCUAACCCAGGGGAUGCCACGACGACCCAAAAUAAUCAAAAUAAAAAAAGUGGGGUUAUUUUGGCACGACCUGGAGGUGGUGAGAGUGAUGCUGCGUUCACUCCAAGUCCUCCAGUUGCGCUUCAUGGCGAAAAUCAAAGCAUAGCGAUGAGUUUGGUGCAUCAAAGUAGGAUAAGGAAUUUGUACUCGCAAGAUAAUGUGUUGGUUAAAGACAAUUUAAGACCUGAUAGCUCAAGCUCAACGAGCUCUGUAAAUGAGUGGGAGAAUGGGCAUAAUACUGUGUUGAGAAGGAGUAAUCAACCCCCUCCAAUUCCACCCCCGCGGAACAACAAAGCCCCAUUAGUCGAUUUACCCCUAUACAACAACUUAAACUUCGAAAACAGCUCCGACAGCGAAUUGGAAAAAAUGUUCAAUCGAAAUCAAAAACACCAAAAGAAUAGCUCAAAAAACAAAAACAACCAAAACAUGUCAACCUUAGACCGAUUAAGCGUCAGAACCGAAAUAAACCCCUCCCAAAACAUUUUACCACAACAAAAAAAAUUAAUCCCACUCACCAACGAAGAAAACCUCAACACCAUCAACGAAAGACUACUUUAUUUCUCACCAAACGAAUCGGCGCCAAAAGAAAUCAAACCAAACGAAGACAAAAAUCCCCCAUCUCAAACCCCCCAAGAAACGACAUCUACUUUACCGACAUCCUCAGCGUCAAAUCCCACAAAAACAAUUCACGACACGAUCUUAGCAACGCAAUUACGCCAUAUUAACCGCGAAUUAACCCCGACGAUUUCCGAAGUUUACCACGAAAGAAAUAUCGGAUUGGGAUUAGCCCCGCCGUUGGCGAAAUUGUUAUUAAACCCGGUUAGUUCGGGAAAUUCGGAUAAUACCUCGAAUACGACGAAUUUGUUGUUGGAUAAAAUCGGGUUGGGGUUGUUGGAGGGAAAUAACGUCGAAGUGAAUUCGGGUAAUCCCGGAAAUUGUAUGCGAUGUAAAUUGGAUAGCUCGCUUUGCGUCUGUUGCAAAACGGUUAAAUCGGGUUCGAAACCUUGGUUGUCGGAGAACGCGAGUGCUUUGCAACAAAUUCAUAGUUCCGAUUUAACAACCGCCGAUAUUUUAGAACGCGAGGUUAAAAAUAAAAAAUCGAUGAGAGGUGAUCAAAGAAAAGAUGAUUCGAGCGAUCCGAAAAGGUUAUCGCCGUUUUCGGAGAUGUCGAAACGCGAUGAAGGUGACGGAAGGAGUAUCGCGGAUAGUAAUUGUUCUAGUUAUAAAGGUACUCAAUUUAGGACUUAUCACGGGACGGAUAAGGGGAAAAUGCAAUUGGGGAGGAUGCGCGGCACUCUCGGGCCGGCUUCCGUUAGGAAAUCGAAAACGCAACAUCAAACGUGACAGUUAUUAUUAAGAUUAUGAUUAAGUGUUUAAAAAAGUGUAAAGAAUUAUUUAUGAAUUUAGUUAGAAUAAAAAAA